CUGGCCGCAAUGUGCGGGGUGAGAGCUGCCAGGGGGAGGGGCUUUGCUCUCAUGGCUCCGCCCAAGUACACAUGGCAGCCGGUAUCAGACACAUAGAAGAGUGGAGAGGGGCCUCGGACAGACACAGAUACACUGCCCUGGUGUGAAUAGGAGCGAGUGGAGUCGCAUGAUUACUAGAAACCCAAUACCAUGAUCCUAAUCCAUCUCCUGGAAGGAAAGGCCUUUGUGUGGAAGGCAGAUGAUGUUCAGAUGAUCCGGGAGCAGCAUGGGCUGGUGGGGAAUCUUGUUGGUGCCCUGGUGAGGAAACCAAGGCAGAACUCACGGCUUGGCCUCCCACUGCAACUAAUGCCUGAAGAAGUGCGACUGUUGGUGGAAAUUGGAGCUGCUGUUCUUGUGCGUGGCCUCUCAGGGGAAGGGAAGAUCCAUAAAGAAGUGGCUUUGGAACCGGAAAGUGCAGAGUCUUCCCCUUCACCAAACGAUGUUAACGAUGAGCAGCCAGAGACUGAGGCCUAUGACAAGUAUUUGAAUGAAAGCUACAAGGAGCAAAGGAAACUCGCACUGGAAGACAAAAGGCGCACAUUAGAAAGCUUAGCAGAUCGCAUUGCAGAGGGAAGGUCUCGGAGGAAACGGCAGCGUAGUGACCAGGAAGAUGCUACGGAGUCAUCUUUUCAGGGACCAAUUAAAGAGCUUCAGAACUUAGAGGAGACGUUCCAGUUUCCCAAGGAAGCAAUGAUGGUACAUCUCCCGACGGCUCACCCUUCCUGCGGAGAUACGGAGGAGGUGGAUAUGUGCCAAGCCUCUGUGCACUGGCCUUAUGCUGGGCAGAAGGAGCAUGAAGUGCGCUAUAAGGUUUUCAAGAGCCUUUGGCAAAAGGGGUAUUUUCUCACCAGCGGUAGCAAAUUUGGAGGAGAUUUCCUUGUUUAUCCAGGAGACCCCAUGCGCUUCCAUGCACAUUUCAUCGCUAUUUGCUUUCCAUACAAGGAGGAGAUUCCCCUGAGUGACAUUGUUACAGCGGGGCGCCUUGGCACUAACGUCAAGAAGACUGUGCUGCUCUGUUCCGCAGAUGAGGGAGGGGAAGUGACUUUCACAUCUUUGCAAUGGUCAGGCUUACAAUAAAACCAACAAUAAAGCCUGACACUGGCCAUAAACACCUUCUGAAGGAUGCCAGUACUCGUCCUUAAUCUAUCCUUGAAAGGUUUGCCAGGCAAACGAAAAACUAUUUGUCUGGUCUGUUAAAUGGACAUUUUUUUUUU